AUGUCUCACAAGCCGAUGUCGAUUGAGGCGGUGAUGGAUGAGGAGCGGAGGGAAGUUCUUGCGCUGCUUGGCAAACGCAGCGACCAGAACAGGCGGUCGUCGAGCGUGGCCAGUGCCCAGAGAUCUGUUACCAGCCGGUCUGGCUCGCCCUUCACCCCUGGCGUGCGGUCACCAAUGCGAAGCAUGCUCGACUUUGGCGAUGACAGCCCGGAGACAACGCCGCCGACAACCAGCAAAGCCGCCAACAGAGGUUCUCCGCGCGUCCAGACCAGGACCAUCCGCAGCAUGUUGGACGUCGACUCUAGCCCGGCUCUGUCUCCUAUCAAGCAGGUGUUUAGUGCCCAGAACUCGCCGACGGAGGCCAAACACCGGAUGCAACUGGGCGGCAGCUUGUCAAAUCAUCCGCGCAGCAUGUCUGACGUAUCUAGCAAGCCCGCCAACUUCGGGCCGCGCUCGUCGCAUGCCAGGGGCGUUAACCCCUCGGCUGACUACCAAUUUUCCGAUAUCAUUACGAGCCGAGAUACCCCGGCCUUCAUUCCCAGACGAGCGAUGCAGAAUGUGGGCGCUAAUUCGGCAACCGCUGCCGCAAAGCGCAAUAGCUCCGUGGCAGAGAUUAUCCGGAAUGCAGACCUCAGCGGCCUUAUGCUCCCGGGUAGCCAGAACCCCCUGCACGGUCGUCCUCAACCGUCCACGCGUGGGUCUACAGCAAAGUCGAAGUCGCCUCACGGUCGCCUUAACCCCCGAUCCAAGUCGCCGGGCGCUGCGCUGUCCGCCAGGACGCUCAGCCCUGCUGGGCGUGCCCUACUUGCCGAAACUCAGCUCGAUAUGCAAAACGCGUACCGUCGCCUGUCUGAUGCCAACCUCAUCCGGUCGGGUGGCAGUUUGAGCGAGCUUCCCAGACGCAAGCACUCGGACGGCAACGACAUUGGCAAUGGCCGUCUGACCAAGGACUAUCUGAGCCCCGAUGGUGAUGAGCUUGCCGACACCAGCGACGAGGAAGAGGCUUACUCGUCGGAGGAUGAUGAAGGCCGUGGCCGGAAGACGGCCAGAAGUUUUCCAGAUGAGCUGCCAUGCUCAGCCAGCGCUGCUGGCAAAGACGGGCGGCAGCCGCUGAGCCUGCUGGCUGCCGCGGAAGAAGAGCGUAUCCAAGUGUCACAGAAUUACCAGUACCGGUCGCUGUUCGAUGAGCCAGAAAUAACGGUGACAAAUCCUUCAGGCGAAAAGGUGAAGACGGCGAAGGCCGGCGUUCACCCGGCCAAUAGUUUCGAUGUCCCUUCAAGAUCCGCAUCUAGAACGCCGUGGGAUUCGGACGACGAGGCCGAAUAUACCGACAUCAAGAGCGCACAGAAGCUUGCCUUCACGAUGACUCCCAUCAUGUCGACACCAGAUGUGCCGCGCUCUGUGCGCAUUAUCUACCGGGGCGAUUUUGUGAAAAUACAGAAGGAGGUCACCGAGGAGGAGCAUCGGCGCCUGCGGAAAUACCUAGUUGCCACCGACCUCAGCGAAGAAUCCACACACGCGCUGGAGUGGGCUGUAGGCACGGUCGUUAGGGACGGCGACACGCUCGUGGCUAUCUAUUGCGUCGAUGAGGAGACUGGCAUUCCGCCCGCCGAUGGCCCGGGAGAGCCAAAAAGCGCGCGCGAGCAAGCCGCAUCAUCUUCGACCCCGUCAGUCCCGAGCAAGCUCUCAGGGAUGACCUCGCUAUCUACCCUGGCAACUAUGGCAGGAUCGAGCCCCGGGCUGAGCGGCGGGACACCCAUGUCUUCAAGGCCAUCGCUUCUGACAAAGAACAGUGACUCGUCCACAACGAUAUCGUCUCCGGUAGAGCGGACAAAGGCCGAGGAGGAGCGGGAACGGGCAGUGCAGGAUAUCACAAACCGGAUAACCCGAUUGUUGCGCAAAACCCGCCUGCAAGUCCGGGUCAUCGUCGAGGUUCUGCACUGUAAGACGCCGCGGCAUACUCUGACAGAGGUUAUUGAUAUUUUGAGUCCGACGCUUGUGAUUUUGGGCAGCCGGGGCCGAAGUGCCCUCAAGGGGCGGCCACCAGUGAACCAGGUCAACAACCUCAACAAUCCGACGGCGAGGAGCCUUGCCAACGCGAAGAUCGACUAG